AUGGAAGAAGGUGGCUUUGCAUAUGAUCCAAAGAUUCUUUCUUAUACAAAUGAAGCAGUAUUUUCCUUGCUACUUCUAAUGUUUGCAGUCUGGAGAACAACGAGAAGUAUCACGCCCAGCUACAAUAUAUUUAAGGGAAAACUAAGGAGUCUUGGGUCUCUUUUUGCCCUGGCCUCAAUAUUUUUCUCUAGUGUUUAUGUGUGUAUUGUUGCAUACCUCAGCACCAGACUCGAGAUAGACAAGGCAAUGAUAGAGCUUGUUGGAGGACUGAGUGCAAGCCAUUUCAUGAGAUACAAGGCCUUUAAGAUCGACCUAGUAUACAUUCUGAACAUUUCCCUCGUUGCAUCGAGAGUUUUGAGGAUGUCUUCGGUAUUUCUUUUGAUUGGACUAUGGGGGCCUUGCGCAUAUUCAGUCUUCAACGGGGGAGAUAGAUCUUUUGACAUAUUUAAGACUAGUACAAGUGGCACCAGGACGUUUGUAGCCAAAUCCAUGUUUAACACAUCUGUCGUUACGUUUUCCAAGAUAUAUGCGGUCUUAAGAGCGCCUGCUCUUUUGUAUUACUACUACAGUAGAUCAAGGCUGAUGGGAGAAAAGACGGCGGUCUUCAUAGAAUCAUUUUUCCUUGGAAGUGAAGUAUAUCUCUCCGUGACGCUUCUUCUAAUUCUUCGGACAAAGCACAGCUUUCUAUCUGAGUACAAAUCCCUUGAUAGUACGAAUCUACUGAGCUUUUGCCUUAUGCUUCAUGGGUUCCUUACUUAUACCAUAAACACGGUCGCGAUUCCAUUUGAGAUGACCGACCUGCACUAUCAGAUUCAGCAGAGCCUGAGCCUGGGUACCAGACUAAUACUUGAUAUGCUUCUGAUAUCUAUGUUUUGCCCGAUCAAGGGCCAGUUGUUUGACAACUCCUCAGAUAAAUAUGAGAAGAGUCUUGAGAUAACAAGAGUUGCACGGCUAGAAGAAGGUCCUAUAGUUCAGGAAAUUGAAAGUGUCAUUGAGUUUGAGGAAAAAGAAAUAGGCAAAUAA